UUUUAAAAUAGAUACAAAUGAUUUUCUAAGAAAAAAUAUUCGAGCUUUUGUCAUGUGCAAUCGAAUUCUUACAGAAAGAUGGAAGUAGCUUCUCUCUUUCCACUGGCUCUUCUUUGUGUUGUAGCCCUUUCAUUACCAUCACUUGGCUAUUCAGCUUGCAGCUUGGAUUUCUAUUCAUAUCCAUACACACCUAUAGGUGGCUGCAAUGGCGUCGGAGAGAGCCCCAGCGACUGGAACAUCCUCCCCCAAACCACCUGCUGCCAGCAAGCUCUCCUCGUCUACGCUCGUGCCUUAGCCCUUGUCGCGAGGAACAGCUCGUCGGGGGCCAUCUUCGUCGGCCUCGAUCAAUGGAGCCAGUGCUACAACACGCCCUUUCAGCUGCAGCCCAACGUCUCAGUCCAAAGCUGCGGCUUCGACGAUUUCUACUACGACAGCGGGGCGUGCUCGACGCUGACGCUCGCGAACAUCGACCGGAACGUCACGGACCAGUGCUCCAACUUCGGCUCUUACUCGUACGACGUCGCCUGCAAAACUUGCACGAGGAAGAUAUCGACAGCGUUGGAUGCGAUGGUGAAAUUUUUUAAUGUGAAGGGGAAUGAUACAGAGAGAGCUACAUGUCUUGUUAGCCUUAUUGUCUCGGUUAUGGCUGGGAGAAAGAGUGAUGCCUCUGAUGAUUUUGAGAGAUGCUUGCCUGCUUUGGCUGGACCAGAACCUCAAGACUACAUCAAGAUCAGUGAUGGUGUGGCUGAAGCUCUGCUAGCAGUGAUUCUGGUGAUGAUCGGCUUAGCUGCGAUCAUCACGCUGAUAAAAUACGUGACCAAGGCGAAAAAGAAGAAGACGAAGAAAUCACCGGGAACGAGAGGCGUUGCGGACAUCCCCGGCCUCUACAGGUUCUCAAAGGCAGAGAUCGACAGCGCGAUAAACUAUGGGGACGAGAAGAAGUGCUUGGGAAGAGGCAGUGCGGGGCUGGUCUACAAGGGCGUGCUUCCGAGCGGGCAGCUAGUGGCAAUCAAGCAGAUCUACAAGAGCAACACGUCGGAUUCGUUCACCCGGGAGAUCGAGGGUCUUUCGAGGGUUAGGCAUCCGAACCUUGUGUGCCUCUUCGGCUGCUGCAUAGAGGAUGGGGAGCAGUACCUGGUGUACGAGUAUUGCCCCCACGGGAACCUCGCUCAGCAUCUUCUACGGAAGGACGCCGUCCUAACGUGGGAGGACCGGGUAAGAAUCCUGAGGGACUGCGCAUUAGCUCUAAAGUAUCUGCACAAUCACAUGAGUGGAUGCAUCGUUCACAGAGAUAUCAAGCUGACGAACAUUCUUCUCACUCAUGAUAUGCAAGCAAAGCUGUCUGAUUUUGGUCUGGCUAGGAUGAUAGGCAUGGAAGAGAGCAAAGUGUUCACUGAUGUUCGAGGAACGAUAGGUUAUAUGGAUCCCGAAUAUAUGAGCAACGCGAAACUAACCAGUGCUAGCGACAUAUACAGUUUCGGCAUUGUCAUUCUGCAGCUCUUAUCUGGACAGCGAGUCAUCGAGCUCGAUCUGGAUGCAAGAGAUCAGCUCACCAGAAAGGCAAAGGAUGUGAACAUGCACAAACGGCCGCUAACAGAUUUUCAAGAUCAUAGGAUGAAAGGAAAUAUUGUGACAGUAGAUUUUGAAUCCAUACUGCAAAUAGCAGUGCUCUGUGUGGCCAGUUCAAGCACCGGCCGUCCCACCAUAGAUUUGGUCAUAGACGAACUGGAGAAGGCUUUGAAAAACACGCAGCUGCAGAUGAGAGCAAGGGAAAAGAGAUCAUUCGAAGCAACACCCUCAAAAUCACCAGAAGUGAUUCACGUGUGAUCUAAAGAUGCAUAGGAUGUUCCUCAAGCCUUUUCUAGAGAUGCCUCAUACCAAUAAUAGAACGAGUGAUGUAAAUACGCUUAGUUAAUGACCAUGAUCUCCGAGAGUCGGUUUUUUGGGGGGCGGGGCUGGGGGGUUUCAUUCAGCACUGUGUUACAUAAAGUUUAGCAACGCAGAAUAGUAAGAAUGUAUUUUUGUAAACUUGUAGUACCUUCCAUUUUGUCCCUUCAUCUUCAGCAAAACCGGAGAUUGCUUUCUCAGUCUGAACUCGAUCCUCAAUUGAACAAAGGAAUUCACAGCAACAACCUUGCAAAAUGAUUGAAAAUGACAAACAUCAUCCAGAAGUUGAAUAACAAUAUCACAUCCCAAGAAUUCAAAACUAGAAGAC